CGGAAGUACGUCGAUCCACCUCGAUUCCCAUUAAUCUUGAUUAGUCGAGCUGGAUCGAGCAUGCAUUCCCUCAUCCUUUCUCAUCCUCCAAUUGGUUAGUUGGUUGUUCGUACGAGCGGAUAGUAUCUCGAAUUUCUGUAGUAAAAGGAAUCCGUGAGAAAUUCAAUUGCUGGUAUAUUCGAUCGGCACGUGCAAUUCGCGGUAUAAUAUUGAAUAUCGGUUUGAAAAAUUCAACAACGGGUAAUAUCUUUCAACGUUCCGAGGUUUGUUUGUCCAAAGGGCAAUUUCCAUUUUUCUUCCUCCAUUUCUCCAUUUUUUUCUUUUUUCUUUUUUCUCCUCGAUUUUUUCCCCGAGGCCACGUCAUAAUCUUCUUCCAGCCGAAAUCAAUCGUGAAUCGAGGGUCGCGGUAGAACCACGUUCCAAUAAACGAAAUCGUUCGUGAUAUAAAACAAAGCGAAACAAACUCUUGUGAAAAAGCGUCUCUCUAUGCACUCGCGUUUCCAUGUAAAAUAAAUUCCAUUCGAAACGUGCUCAAUGUCCGUUCAGAGAUAAACUCCGUACUUAAUAAAGCUUGAAUUGGCCAAAUAAAUGAAAUUCCUAAGGAAUUCUUUCGCAAAAUACGCUUACCAUCUCCUCCCUUUCAUCAUUAUUAUUGUUAAUAUUAUUAUCGGACAAAGCUUGAAAAAUUUUUUAAAUAUUAAGUCGAUUAAUGUACAAUAUGGAGCAUCCAUUUGGAUGGUCGAAAGCGCAAAGGAUUCGCAUGUGUUUAAGCACAUAAAACACAUGAAAUCUUUAUAACCUGAGACGCGAUGUAUUUAUCGUCAUAAAUAUCUAGCUUGACAUCAGUCAGAAAACGGAGCAUAGAACACACGCGUGAUUAAUUUCGUUGGGACGGUCAGAUAAAUAGCGACGUGCAAGGGACACAAGAAGAUAAGGGAAGAAAAUUAUCGAGGAAGAAAUUCGAACUAUCUAUCUACUAGAUCGAAUAACUCGAACUCGCCAUUGAGUUUGAUAAUGCGCUCUUCCGUUAUCAUAAAAGGGGACAGGGGAAAUGAAAAAAGCUAUAGAUCAACAACGACGUUAAGAAGGAGAAUACAUCGACGAACCCGUUCGAUCGAAAGCGAGUUGAUGCAAAUUCAAAUAGACGCACUCGUACGUAGAAUAUAUGUGUUUAUGGUUGAUGGUCCUUAGUUUGUUGACUCGUCCAAAGAGAGAUAGAGAGAGAGAGAGAGAGAGAGAUGACAUUUCGCAUUCCGAUGUAGUACACGAAGGAUUAAGCCGAGCGCAAUGCGAUCGUUUGUCCGCGCGAUUACGCCCGCAAUAAUUUAUGCCGCAAUACGAGACAUCGCUACGAUAGUAGAUUACGCGAUAGAGAUAGAGAGAGAGCUGCUAUAAUUGUAAAUGGCUCCGUCUCGUUAUUUCGCACACGAAAUGCUCGCGCUAUCAUUCGAGAUCGAUCGCUCGAUUGAAUUACUCGCAAAACAUUUAUUCGUAAUUUUUAAAAAUAUCUAGACUAAAAACGUCUAGGGAAAUCUUUUUUUAAUAUCACCCAAGUAUCAUCGUCGUUGUAGAAGCGAGAUCAAAAUCGUGGAGGAAUCUCUUGAAAAGAAACGGGAAAGCAUUUCGAGAAGCAUGCGAAACGAAGAGACGGAAAAAAAGCUCGAGACAUUAUCCGAUUUUUACGAGAAAGCUAAAGAAAAGAUACGUCGCCUUGAGGAGGAAACGAAGGAAAACGCGACGCGAAAAGAAUCCUUUGAAGCGAAAGCUCGCGAAUUAGCAAAUCUGUUGGAAACUUUGGAGCACUUCGAUCUCGACGUUAAAAUCUUGUGUCGCCUUACCGCGGAAGCCGUGGAAAAUUUGACCAAAGUCGGACUACACUUCGCGGAAACUAUAAAGAAAUUGAGACAGUUUACUUGGAAAGCCAAUGACAAAGGGUGCGACAGCGAAACGGAUAAAUUGAGGUCUCAAAAUUUAGUACUGCGAGAAAUUGUGAAGAGUCUUAAGCGAAAGGCGCAAUUUCGAUCGGACAAUCAAGUUUCAAAAGAGAAAGAAGAUUUAAAGGAAAGCAUCGAUGAGAGAGAAAGCAAAAUCGAAGAGUCUCAUAAUUAUAGGGAUUUAAAUGUCAACGAUAACAACGCUAACGUAAAAGAGAAUCGAAAUGAAAUAUGGACAGAGCACGAAGCGAACUCGAAAGGAAACGACGAGGUAGAAAAUGUUGUAAACGAUACAUCGUUCAAAAAUGAUUUCGAAGAGGAUCGGACGAUUAUAAACGACAGGAAAGAAUCCAAAGAGAAACCUUUUCCAAUGAGAUAUAAUCGUGAUAGUAAGGACAUCGUGUCCAACGACGUUGAUGAAAAAUUGCUCUGCAUCGAAUCGCAUAAAAAUGGAAUUUUUUAUGACGAAUAUGUGAUCGGAUUCUCAAACAAUCGACAAAUGAAAAUCAAACAUUCGCCUGUGGCCGGUACAAAGGUGGCGCACUUAAAAUUGGAAAUUGUAGAUUGCGAGGAAAAAUAUCAGGAAAGUUCCCCGGAUAAAGUCGUAAUACUUUUGAAAAAUCUUUCGACGUCCAUUAAAAUCAAGCGUACCGGCAUUAACUGUGCCACUCAGACGGUAUUAACUCGAAAGCGUGAUAAUUAUACGCAAACUUCGAUCACUGAAAUACGCAAUUUUCUACGAUUAAAUGUUGGCUAUACGAUGUUAAAUAGCGAAAAACGUGCCAUUGAAAGGAAUUUAUCAAGUUUGGAAGAGACCGUAGCUCGUUUAAAAUAUAACACGUUACAUCAUGCACGAUCUAUGAUUGGGAAAAAUUCCAAAUGUUUGAGAAACGAUGAAUUUUUUGAGUGCAUCGAACGUUUGGCUGCAGACUAAAUAAUAUAUACUGUUGAAAAGUUUG